GACUAGGACUCCUACAUUCGUAUCAUUCAGUAGUCUAUAUAUAAAAAUGCAUAAGAAAUUAUGACUAGUUCAUUAAAUUAGGCAAUAAUGAACCAAAUCUUGCAUAAAAAUAUUCUUUACUUUCUUAUUCUUCUUUUCGUUCAAUCAACAUUAUGUUCAUCCACAACAAUCUCUACUAGCAAUACUCUGAAGCAAGGUUCAUCCCUAAGUGUUGAAAAUGCAGACACUGACAUUUUGGUUUCAUCAAACGGAGAUUUCUCGGCAGGAUUUUACCCUGUUGGGGAAAAUGCAUUCUGCUUUAGUGUGUGGUUUACCAAGUCCUCUGUUCCCACCAUAGUUUGGAUGGCCAAUCGAGACCAACCAGUCAACGGAAGAGGGUCAAAACUUUUGCUGACUGAAAACGGUAAUCUUGUCUUGCUUGACAUAGGCAGAGAUCAAGUAUGGAGUACCGACACGACACUGGGACUGGGGACCAGGUUCGACGCCGGCCUUGCUGUAAAACUGCAGCUCGAUGAUUCCGGAAACCUUGUUCUCAGAAGCGCUGUGUUUGGUAAACAUGUUACUUACUGGGAAAGCUUCAAAUUCCCCACAGAUACACUUCUUCCUAACCAAAAUUUCACCAUGAACACCAACCUUGUGUCUUCAAAAUCCCAGACCAACUAUUCUUCUGGAUACUAUAACUUUUAUUUUGACGAUGACAACAUCCUCCGCUUGCGUUUUCAAGGUCCCGACCCGCUCGUAUCAAGUGUGUACUGGCCAGCUCCUUGGCUCGGGCCAUUUCAGACUGGAAGAUUUACAUACAACAACACCAAAAAUGCAGUGUUUACCUCUACUGGUGACUUUGCUUCAUCGGAUAAUCUCGUGUUUUUAUCCUCUGAUUACGGUGUUAAGGUUAACCGGCGGUUAACUCUUGAUACGGACGGAAAUCUUCGACUAUAUAGUUUUGACAUAGAAAAUAAAACGUGGAAUGUUACUUGGCAAGCUAUAUCCAUUCCAUGUAGUAUUCAUGGAAUUUGUGGACCCAAUAGUAUGUGCUAUUACGAUCACGUUUUAGGAAGGAGUUGCUAUUGUGUGCCUGGAUAUAAGGUGAAAAAUUCUUCAGAUUGGGCCUUUGGGUGUGAACCGGAAUUCGAAUGGAGGUAUACACGGGACACCAGUUUUCACCGCAUUGCCAACGCUGAGUUCUAUGGCUACGACAAGUUCUACUAUGAGAAUCUUUCCUUAAAACAAUGUAAAGAACAGUGUUUGAACGUGUCCGAUUGCAAAGGUAUCCAAUUUCAUAUGAGUAACAACAAUUUUCAGGCUUCUAGAUGCUAUACUAAGCAUCUACUGGUUAAUGGAGCUCACACUUCUUCUUUCCCAGGAGAUGUCUAUAUAAGACUCCCUAGAGCAAUGAUUUCCUCUUUUCAGAGAAAAAAUGAAGGAGAUCAUAAUUGUUCUUCUUCUUCUCCCAAGAUGGUGAUGCUUCAAAGAACGUACAAUAAGGCCAAAGAAAAUGGACGCUUGAAGGUUUUUGUUUGGAUGGCCAUUGCAUUGGGAGGGAUGGAACUGGUAUUGAUUUCUAUAGUGCUUUGCUUCUUGUAUUUGACAAGAAAAGAGAGCAGAGAUGACUCCCAUGGUUACACCCUUGCUGCUGCUACACGGUUUCAAAAAUUUACAUAUGCAGAGCUGAGGAAAGCUACGGCUGGAUUCCGCAACUCAGUCGGGAGUGGAGGCGGAGGCACUGUGUACAGGGGUGUACUAUCAGACGGUCGUGUCGCGGCAAUCAAGCGACUGACAGACACUACCGGAGGUGAAGCUGAAUUCCUAGCUGAAGUGAGCACGAUUGGGAGGUUGAACCACAUGAACUUGAUUGAGAUGUGGGGUUAUUGUGUAGAAGGACAGCAUAAAAUGUUGGUGUAUGAGUACAUGGAACAUGGAUCUCUAGCAGAUAAUUUGAAAAGCUCAAACAGCAUAGUACUCGAUUGGGAGAAGCGGUUUGCCAUAGCAAUGGGGACGUCGAAAGGACUCGCAUAUUUGCAUGAUGAAUGCUUAGAGUGGGUUUUGCACUGUGAUGUGAAGCCUGAGAACAUUCUUUUGGACUCUAAUUACAAUCCAAAGGUUGCGGAUUUUGGACUAUCAAAGCUGCUAAACAGAGGUGAGUCUCUCGAUCCAAGCUUCUCUAGGAUUCGAGGUACAAGGGGUUACAUGGCGCCUGAGUGGGUGUAUAAUCUUCCGAUUACCUCUAAAGUGGAUGUGUAUAGUUAUGGAAUGGUGGUAUUGGAAUUAGUUACUGGGAGAAAAUCGACAGACAUGCAGAUUUAUGAUUACGGAGGAGGAAUAGGAGAUCAACAUGGGAGAUUGGUAACUUGGGUGAGGGAAAAGAUGAAUGGAGAAGAUGGUAUUUUUGCAUCAAGGAUUGAAGAAAUAAUUGAUCCAACUAUGUUGGAAUUGGGUGAGUUUGAUAAGGACAAAAUAAUAAUUUUAGUUAAACUGGCUUUGCAAUGUGUUGAAGAAGACAAGGAUGUUCGACCAACCAUGAGGCAAGUGGUGGAAAUGCUUCAGUGCUAUGAAGACGAGCGUGCUGUGUUGUUUUAUUAGUUCUCGCUGCAAUGGACAACAGCCAUCAAAUUUAUGUCAUUUUCAAUUUUGUGUUUUUUUUUUGGGUAGAAAUAAAAGAAAACAUAAGGAUAAUAAAAAACCAGCUAUUACACAUUUCUUAUUGUAUUAUUGUAGUACCAUUAAAAAUCUGACAAUUGUUCAAUUCCUAUA